AUGGAUUUUGGUUGCCUGGCAACAGUGGUGGCCAACUCUGCCUACAUCUCGGCCUGUGGGAGCUUUGAUGGCGCUGCCAACUCUGCAUCCAACAGAGACAAGAAGUACCACUCCCGCCUGAAGCUGCCUCACAUCACGGUGUGUGAAGGCCUGCGGGAGACUUUAGAUUUGGGCUUCCAGACCGUCUGUGUGCAGCAGCCCAUCGGCAAACGUCUCUUCCAGGACUUCCUAGACUCCAACAAAGACUAUAAAGUCCCCUGCUGCUUGUGGAAAGAUAUUGAGGAAUACAACAUGGCUCAGGAUGAAGAUCGAGUCAAGAAAGCGAGCAAUAUUUUGUCCCAGUACAUGGAGCCUGGUGCCAAGUAUUUCUGCCCCUUCCUGCCAGAAAACGGCAUCACACAGGUCAAAGAGAAACACCAAGAAGCCGGGGAUGAUCUUCUCAGUGACACCAUGCACAGCGUAAUGGACUUUCUCAAGGAAGUGCCCUACACUUUGUUCCUGGAUGGUAUGUAUCUGAAAAGGUUUCUGCAGUGGAAGUGGUUGGAGAUGCAGCCCAUGGGAGAGGAUUGGUUCUUGGAUUUUCGCAUAUUGGGGAAAGGGGGUUUUGGGGAAGUGUCUGCCUGUCAGAUGAAGGCCACGGGGAAACUGUACGCCUGCAAAAAGCUCAACAAGAAGAGGCUGAAGAAGAGAAAAGGCUAUGAGGGGGCAAUGGUGGAGAAGAAGAUCCAGGCUCGAGUUCACAGCAGGUUCAUCGUCUCGUUGGCGUACGCCUUCCAGUCAAAAACAGAGUUGUGUCUGAUCAUGACCCUCAUGAACGGAGGAGACCUGAGGUAUCACAUUUAUAAUGUGGAUGAGAACAACCCGGGGUUGGGCGAGCCGCGGGCCUGCUACUACGCUGCUCAGAUCAUCCAGGGCCUGGAGCACCUCCACCAGAAGAGGAUCAUCUACAGAGACCUCAAACCAGAGAACGUGCUGUUGGAUAAUCAAGGUAACGUCCGUAUCUCUGACCUUGGUCUGGCUGUGGAGCUGGCUGAUGAUCAGUUCAAAAUCAAGGGUUAUGCCGGGACUCCAGGUUUCAUGGCUCCAGAGCUGCUGAAAGGAGAAGAGUAUGACUACUCCGUAGAUUACUUCUCUCUGGGGGUCACUCUGUAUGAGUUCAUGGCUGCUAAGGGACCCUUCAGGACCCGAGGAGAGAAGGUGGAGAAUAAGGUGUUGAAGAAGCGCAUUCUGAAUGAUCCAGUAACAUAUCCAGAGAAGUUCAGUGAGAACGCCCGGUCCAUCUGUGAGGGUUUGCUGUUCAAAGAGGUCGACAAGAGGCUCGGCUUCAAGAAGGGAUCGUGUGACGAGAUCAGGGCGCACGCCUUCUUCAGCGAGAUCAACUGGAGGAAACUCAAUGCAGGGAUCCUCAGACCUCCUUUCGUGCCGGACUCAAAGACAGUUUAUGCCAAGAACAUUGACGAUGUCGGGGCCUUCUCCACGGCUAAAGGCGUGCAGCUUGAAGACAAAGACAAUGAUUUUUUUGAUGAGUUCGCCUCGGGGAACAUCUCCAUCCCCUGGCAGGAAGAGAUGAUCGAGAUGGGGAUCUACAGCGAGCUCACAGUCUGGGGAGCUGACGGCGCUUUGCCCAACGACCUGCGGCGUGAAUCCAUCCUGGAGCAGCCACACAAGUCUUCCACAUGCUCAGUGUCGUAAGAGGCUACGGUGAAUGAACAGUUCAUUUCUUACUUCAGACUUCAAUACAUUUUAGUGAUGAGGCUGAGUUUGGAGGUGAAUGCAUGUCUCUAAUUUUAGUUUCUAAUAGAUAAUUAGAUACUUACCGUAUUACCUGCACUUUUUUGGCCAUUUUUUUGUUUUUACUUUUAACCAUUUAUGUAUGUAUGUUUAUGUAGACUGACUUUUUUUCGUUUUUUUAUUGCUGCACACUUUCAAAUUAUUAUGUAAUUUUCUGUUUCUAACAUUGUCGGAUUUUUUGAGGUAGGAAUGAUCAUUAUAUAUAUAUAUAUAUAUAUAUAUAUAUAUAUAUAUGUGUG